AUGGGCCCCUGUACCGCCUCCUCAUGCUGCUGCCAGGCCCGUAAUCUGCCAUGGGCCCCCGUGCCGACUCCUCAUGCUGCUGCCAGGCCCGUAAUCUGUCAUGGGCCCCUGUACCGCCUCCUCAUGCUGCUGCCAGGUCCAGAGUGUGUCAUGGGUCCAUGUACGGCCUCCCAUUGCUGCUGUCUCCAUCGCCACACUCUGCCAUGUGCCACUUUCAGGUCUCCUCACACCGCUGGUGGGUUCCAUUUUGUCAUAGGGUGCUGGCAGACGGGCCUUAUGCUGCUGCCAGGCCCUCUGCCAUGCUACCGACUCCUCAUGCUGCCAGGCCCGUAAUCUGCCAUGGGCCCCUGUACCGUAUGCCGACUCCUCAUGCUGCAUUGCUGCUGUCUCCAGGCCACACUCUGCCCCGUAAUCUGUCAUGGGCCCCUGUACCGCCU